CCACAAUUCGUAACAAGCACUUUUUCAACUUUCAAAUCUUUACCGCUGAUUCUCACACAUAUGCUGGAAUAUUUAAGUGAUUCUAUUGGUGAAAUAUUGUUGCCAGAUAACUGACGAAUCAGAAAAUACCAUAAAACCUCAUGUAUGGCACAUCAAUUGCCAUCUAUGGGCGAUCAAAAAAGUUGAUAUCUUAGCUAUGCCCAAAUUCGUGACACAACCAUAACUUGUUUUCUUGGACACAAUUAUGAGCAGAUAAGGAAACCUAUUAUGAGUUGCUGGUUGUUGAUGUCGAAUUAAAACUUUAAAGGAUGCAUCGCCAGGUUAGACGAAUGAUGCCGGCUCUGCUGGCCCUGCAGACACUUAUUUCUGCAGCUGAAUUGCCUCUGCUGCAAUGCAAUCCCAAUUCCAAAAGGGUCAGUGAAUGGAACAACUUGAGUGACGAAAACGAUCUCUCGAUAUUGAUUAACCCACACAUCAUUGAUUGUCCUCAUUAUUACGGGAAAAUCAAUGAACGUUACUGCUGCUAUGGCACAGCCUCAUCCGUGCCUUACUGCUGCGACGCUGAAGAAUUUACCAAACAAUCCCAUGAGACUAUAUACUCUGGAUCCUUCCUGCACCUUCAUGCGAUUUUCCUCAUUGCUACGUUGGUGGUCAUCGUGGUCAUCUGCUGUGUCUGCUGCUUUUGUUGCCCAUGCUGUAUCUUGUACAAGAGAAAGAAACGUGGUGUCGUUUUGAAUGCUGCAGGAAGAGGCGCCCAACCUGAAGCUCCGUCAGUACAUCAGGGAGGCCCACAGUCAAGCGUUCACCAGCAACUACAGUACAACCCUCAAUAUCCACCCCAAGGCUAUCCUCCUCAACAAUAUGCAAUGGUUCCUCAACAAAAUUACCCACUGAUGCAUCAGCAAAAUGCUUACCCACCAGUUGUUCCACACCUAGCUGCAGAAUAUUCACCUGCAGUUGCUUCUCAGGGUCACCCAGUGCCAACAUCAGAAAUCUCCGACAACAAGCCAGCUGAAUUGUACACCCGCCAGGCUCCUUACAAUCCACACUUUUGAACAAAAUAAGUAGAGGACGGCAAAAAAAUUAUUUAAAGAGAAGGAAUAAGGAGGGACAAGCUCAUUGUCAGAGAACAAUUUUAAAAUAAUGAGACUUUUUACAUUUUAAUGCAUAUAAAUCUUACUUAAUUAAUUAUACUGUAUAUAAAAUUUAUUUAUUUUAGUAAUUGACUGAUGUAAACAAAAAUGUAAGUUGCAUAAAAGAAGAAAAAUUUAUAGUUAAAUUUUAUUAUAAACGUCUCUGCUCAUAAUAUGAAUCAUGAAUAUAUUAUUAUUUUAAUUAUUUUGUGUUACUAUAAUAAGACUGAAUUAAAUUGAUUAACCUUCA